UAAAUAUCUUUGUACUAGUGCCUUCCAACUAGGUGGCAAAAGAACAGUGUGCACGCCCAGGUGUCAUCACUGGGUAGAACUUAAAACAAAAGAAAUACACCGGAAGGCAAAGCUCAGUUCAACUGAUGAAGAAGGAACCCCAAGAAGAAACCCCAUCCUAGAAAUUGAGGUACCCGACAUCAAAUGGAGUUUGCAAACUUGAAUUUGUAUCUGAACUCAAAGUGGUUAUCGGUAGUGGCGAGCAUAUGGAUUCAGUGCACCAGCGGAUCACUCUAUACUUUCUCCAUCUACUCUCAAACUCUCAAGUCAACGCAGCACUACGAUCAAUCAACGCUCGACGUCGUUUCUGUUUCCAAAGACAUCGGAGCUAACGUUGGGGUCCUCUCUGGCCUUAUAUACGAUUUCUUCGCCCGAAGAACCACUGCUGGGCCUUGGCUCGUCCAUUUCUUGGGCUUGGUCCAAUGCUUCUUGGGCUAUUUCCUCAUGUGGGCCGCCGUCGCCGGGCUCUUUCCGCCGCUGCCCGUGCCUCUCAUGUGCCUCUUCAUGUUCGUGGCGGCUCAUGCUCAGAGCUACUUUAACACUUCCAACGUUGUCACCGGCGUACAUAAUUUCCCUAAUUACAGCGGAACCAUCGUCGGCAUUAUGAAGGGAUUUCUUGGUCUCAGUGGAGCAAUAUUAAUUUUAGUGUAUCGGACAAUAUUCAACAACAAGCCUACGUUGUAUCUUCUGAUGCUUGCACUCUUACCACCAAUAAACACUUUGCUGCUUAUGUGGUUUGUAAGAAUCCAUAAAACUCGUGGGGGAGAAGAAAGGAAGUACCUGAAUGUGUUUUCUUUGAUGGCUUUGGUUAUUGCUGCAUAUCUUAUGGUUGUUAUAAUUCUAGAGAACGUUGUUGGUCUGCAAUCAUUUGUCCGCAUUUUUGUAUUUGCUGUGCUCAUGGUGUUGCUUGCCUCACUUUUUGGCAUGGCAUUUAAAGCACAAGAAAGAAACUCCAGUGGAACUUCGGAAAAUUUUCUCGACGAGCAGUCCCAACUAAUUGCGGAGUCAGGCCCUGAGAAGGUGGAUGCAAGGGAAGAUUCUUCCGACUACCCUUUUCCUGAUUCUAACAAUCAAAGGACUAGUUUGCAACAAGGAGAAAACCUGAACCUUAUCCAAGCAGUGCAAACUGUGAACUUCUGGGUUUUGUUUAUUUCUAUGGCAUUUGGUAUGGGAUCAGGCCUUGCAACAGUUAAUAAUUUGGGCCAAAUAGGGGAAUCCCUUGGUUAUUCCAGCCAUGAGACAGGUUCCUUGGUUUCUUUGUGGAGCAUUUGGAAUUUUCUUGGCCGUUUUGGAGCUGGUUAUGUUUCAGAUUAUUUUUUACACACAAGAGGAUGGGCAAGACCAUUGUUUAUGGUUAACACUUUAAUGAUCAUGAGCAUUGGUCAUGUGGUGAUUGCUUCUGGACUUCCUGGUGCUCUAUAUGGUGGUUCAAUAUUGGUGGGCAUUUGUUAUGGCUCUCAGUGGUCCCUAAUGCCCACAAUCACUUCUGAGAUAUUUGGUGUGGGACAUAUGGGCAGCAUAUUCAACACCAUUACCAUAGCAAAUCCAGUGGGAUCUUAUAUAUUCUCUGUAAGAGUAGUUGGGUACAUAUAUGACAAAGAAGCAUCAGAAGGAAAUACAUGCAUUGGAACUCAUUGUUUUAUGCUUUCUUUUCUCAUAAUGGCAUCUGCCACUUUUCUGGGUUCUGUGACAGCUUUAUGUUUGUUUUUGCGGACAAAAAACUUUUAUGAUCAGAUUAUACGGAGAAGAAUUCAAAAUGUUCGGUGAUGGAAUAAAAAGAUCAGGCUGUAGUAUACUGUGAAGGAAUAAUGAAUUUCUUGGGUUCAGUGACUUAAAGGUAAUAAUGUCUGCCUUUCGUUCACUUCGUGUGUGGGUACAUGAAUGUAAUUACUCUCUUUGAUUCUUGUUACACUACAAUUUGCUGUAGAUAUAUGUGGAUUAUCCUCUCCAACACAAUGUAAAUGUGAUUAAUUUUUGCAGUCAGUGUGAGAAAAUCUUUAUUUUGUUGUGUUUACUGCUCGCAGUAGUCUUGGUACUGUUUCAAAUUUUCCAUGUCUAACAUGUUUCUACAUCCUGAAGAUAUUUAU